UAUGAGGAUCUUCACCUCCCGCCACCCGAGUUCCGCCCUGAGCCCAGCACAGCCUCUCGCUCUCCAAACCGUUUUAAUGUUUGAGCGGUAUUUGGCUUAGGAGGGUUCCAUAAAACUAGCAAAAUCUCGGGGCUAAAUUUAGGCUCGGGGUGUUGGGGGCGUGCAGUCCCCAAGGUCAGGGAGCCAGCUGGCCUACUCAGUAAGCGUCCCCUUGCUGCGAACCAGGGGCACCUACACCCCAUCACUUUGCCAGUGGCGUUCCGGUGGACCCGGCGGCCCCGCCUUGGGGCUGGAGGCUAGGGGCUCCUCCCCAUCGCAGCCCGGGUCCUUGAAGCUUCCAGGCCAGCCCUAACAAGUCAGCUGACCUGGCCGUCGCCUAGCAACAGGACGCCACUGACCGUAGUAGCUGGCGGAGCAGCUGGCCUGCCCGAGGCGAAAUGACUGAGGAGGAGACCUUCCAACAGUGCGCGGAGCCUGCGCAGCCCCAGGUCGCGGCGCCCCCGGAGAAGACCAGCGACUACUACCGCGUGGACGAGGACCUGCCGGCCAGGUUCAACAAUCCGGGGUGCUUCCGGGGCUACGGGACCAAGAAGCCUGCCUCGUUUUACAGGACCAGUAACCAAACUUACGGGAGCAGAGCUCCCACUGUGCAUGAGAUGCCGAAAGUAUUUUAUCCAACUACAAAUAAAUUUUCCAGACAACAUGCAGCCACUGGAAUGUUCCAGAACAACACUGUCAACGUGUACAUGGAGAAAAGCCUUGUGACUGGCCCCGACAGCUACAUUACCCGCUUUGACCCGCUCAACUUCCACCCCAGUUACAACGUCAACAGGCCGUCCAUCUGCGAUUGAGAGGGGCUGAAAGCCCUCUCUAGGGGGCUUCUGACUCCAGUGGCAGCUAUCUGGAGAAUCAUUGUCUCUGAUGCUUGACAAUUCAUGUGACUGUAAAGGGUCUGCCCUGGAAUAGAAAAAUAUAUACACGGUGGGGGCGAGAGUGGGGGUGGUUGUGAAGUCCUGCUUUCUCUGUUUCACAUCUAAGAUGUAUGAGGAAAAGAUG